UUUCUCCAAUUAAUCACUGAUAACCCGUCACCUACAACGCAACUAGAGUUGAUAACCAUUACAACUGAAGAGGAACGAAGGAAGAGGCCAAUCACGCAAAGAUCGAACGUUUGAUAUUCGCAUGUAGACAGCCGAUAGGAGCCAAUAGGCAGUCUGCGGCUCUCGAUAGUCCUCGCUGAUUGGCGGAAAGUUCGUUGGAAACGCACCUCGGAGAGAUGUGAUGGGAGAUCAAAGCCGCAUGGGAGCUGGAUCUUAUGGCGGUUUUUACAUAAUUCGCGAUUGUAUUGCACUUGACAAGUUUGUCGGAGGAAUUUUCCGGGGUCAUGGCUUAUUUGGCGAGGUGUCAGGUGCCCAGGGGAGUUCCAGCUAUCUCCAAAAUCAUCAAUGCAAGUAGUCCAGGAAUUCUCGUGGGCCAAAGAAGCCUCCAAAAUGUAGUAAAAACCUACUCAUCGCUCGUUAGUAACGUGAGAAAAUCCGGAGUCACCGCUCUGAGGCCUUUCAAUCAAAAUGGCAAGAUCGGAAAGGUAUUGAUACCUUUCGCCAAUCAACUGAGAGCCUCUAGCACUGGAGAUCAUGUGAAAUUAUGGCAAAUGGAGAGAGUUGUGGCUGCUGCCUUUAUUGUUCUUCUCCCUGGAGUGCUAAUGGUGCAGAAUAUCAUCCUCGAUGGGCUCUUUGCUGCUCUGUUGGUCAUGCACGCCCAUUGGGGCCUUGAGGCAGUUAUUUUGGAUUACGCAAGGCCAGCUGUGGUGGGCCCACUUCUCCCGAAAAUAUUAUUCGCUGCCCUCUAUACAAUGUCAAUUGUAACACUGGCUGGACUCCUAGCUUUGGCCUACAACGGGCCUGGAGUUGGUGGUGCUGUUAAAAAAUUUUGGGCUAUCGGAAAUAAGUAAUUAAACAUUAAUUGACAAAAAAAUUUGUCCCGCGAUUUACUUAAGACUAAUAUAAUCUAAUGUAUAAAUUUUCUUCGUGGUGUUUCGAAUUAAUUAGAAAAAUAAAACUAAGUAAAAACGAAA